AUGUCUGUUCUCCGUGAACUUGGUAAAACUGGUGUUAAAAUUCUAGUAAUUGGACUUGGGUGUAACGGAAUGAGUGAAUUUUACGGAUUAACUGAUGAUACGGAAAAUUUAAAAGUAUUAAAUCAUGCGAUUAAUUUAGGAUGCAUCUUCUGGGAUACUGCAGACAUUUACGAAAUAUUACUUUCAAAAGUUCUUAAAGAUCGACGUAGUGAAGUUUUUCUUUGUACAAAAUUCGAUAAUGUUCGUGAAGAAAAUGGAGAGUACUUGGGUGUAAAUGGGAAAUCAGAAUAUGUUCACGAAUCAUGCGAAAAAAGCUUACAAAGAUUAGGUGUUGAUUUAUUGAUCUUUACUAUCAACAUCGUGUCGAUCCUACCAUAUACAGUUAAGGCUAUGACUGAACUUGUUGAAAAGGGUAAAGUUAAAUAUCUUGGACUUUACGAAUGUUCGGCUGAAACUCUUCGACGCGCUCAUAAAGUUCAUCCAAUCGCUGCCUUUCAGGCAC